AGGGGAGAGGUGUGAGAGGGACAGGAAUCUCAUUUCUUUUGCCACUGAGUAACAUUUACAGCAGGCUAAUAAGGGGCACGGAUUCUUUCAUACAGAUCGCUAAUACCCGUGCCCAAGAGACCUAUUGAACAGCUAGGAAGAGCUCUGUGGCCUGAGCCAACAGAAGAAGCCACCGUGGUCCUGGGAGAUGCAAUAUUGACUUCGAGCAGGAUCAUCUCAGAAGUUCAACCUGUAAAGCAGAGAACCCGUAGCCUGUUUGUGCUGACCAGGGGCAGCUGAGCAAAGCAUCAUGACAAGCCACCAGGAAGUAAAACCCCUCAAGAAAUCUUUGGUCCCGGGUGUUCUCAUCACCCAGUUUGUGGAUGAGGUUCCAGAGGGAUGCAGUACACCUGACUUUGAGCGGAAACCUGUCUCUCUGACGUUGGAGGAAGGUAAAAAUGCCAUCUUCAGAGCUGUGGUCAGAGGUGUCCCAACCCCUGACGUGAAAUGGACGCGUACACAAGGCAGAAUGGAUGACCCUGCCAAAUAUGAAACAUUCUUCAAUAGCGUUACAAAUGAAUUCGUUCUGCAGAUAAACAAGCUCACUGCAAAAGACAGUGAUUUGUAUCGUUGCUUUGCUGUGAAUGAAUAUGGGGAAGCUUCAUGCUCUGCUGGCCUCAGGAUCAUACAAGUUGGCUUUAAGAGGAAAGCCAAAUACGUCCCUGUUCAUGCUGCUGAUGAGUUAAAGAGGACGCUUGAGGACUCCAGGAAGCGGCUGAGGAAGCGGGCCCCAGCACCAAAACCCAAACCCUUGGAUAAAGAAGCAGUUUGGCAAUUGCUGCUGCAUGCAGAUAAGAGAGAUUAUGAGAAAAUCUGUAUCAAAUAUGGAAUUGUUGACUUCCGUGGGAUGCUGAAAAAGCUGCAGGAGCUGAGGAAGGACGCAGAGAGUGAACAAGGAGAGCUAAUACACAGUAUCAAAAACUUCAAACACAUCAAAGUCACCAAGGAUGGAAAAGCUACGUUCAGCCUGGAGAUGGACCUGAAAAGUAGAAAAAGCAAAGUCUAUCUGCUUAAGGAUGGUGAAAGGCUCAGGUAUGAAACGAGUAAUGAAUAUGGGAAGCACUGCCUGAGGCAAAUUGGGAAAAAGUACAUAUUCAUUGUCAACGAUGUGCAGCAGGAAGAUGCAGGAUUGUAUCAAGUCCGAGUGGAGGAUGUGCCUGUUUUCUCAACUGAACUGGACCCUGACUCCAUCCCUGUGGGAUUUGAGCAGCCACUCAGCAAUAUGAGUUGCCCUGAGAAUGAAGAUGCCGUCUUCAAGUGUGUCCUACGCACCCCUUGCCAUGAUGCUGUGUGGUUGCACAAAACCAACGUCCUGGAGGCAAGUGAGAAGCACCAGAUCUCUGUAAGUCCUGAUGGGCUGACCCACCAGCUGACUAUCAAAAACGCUGUGCCCUCUGACAACGGCAUGUACACCAUCGACACUGGACUUUCCUCCUCAAAUGCCUGGCUUAUUGUAGAGCAUGCCAAAGGAAAGGGGAGACCAGGUGAAGCAGAAGAAAGCUCUGAGUGGCUGGAAGAAACAUUGCCAAAGAGAGACUGGGCAAAGAAACUUCGACAGGGAGAAUCUAUUGGUGAUGGAGAUCAUCUUAUGGACACUGAGGAGGAAAAAGAUGGCUGGUACAGAAAUGGUCAAGGAGGAAGCCAAGGCCACUCUGUUGAUGCUGAUGGAAGCCAUAGAUUUUUGGGAAAGGAUGGGCUACGCAGAGCCAACAGAAAUGAAAGUAUGGGGGGUGGGCAGUUUUCUGAAGCAGAUCUAGAUGGAUACACCAUGACAAGUGAUGGGAGUAUUUUGGGAUUGAAAGGCUUUGGAGGCAAAAGUGGAUUAAGGCCUUUCCAAGGCAAGGAUUCUAUGGCAGGCAGAGAAGAUACUGGUGAUGAAUCGGGAGCAGUAGGUGAAUGGAAUUCUGUGGAUGGCAGAGGUGGUGUUAUCCUACGUAGUGCUAACGUUGGCAUGGCUGAUGGAGAAGGUGUGGGUUUUCAGCAUGACAAGGAUGGUAAAUUAGGUGAUAGUAGUUACAGAGCUGGCUUUGGGGGUGUUGGGAGAUCAGGUGCUGCUGGUGGAAGUUCUGAGGUAGAUGGACUUGAUCCUGAUUCAACCGGAGUGGGAAAUGGAAUGAGGUCCCCCUAUGGCAAGGAUGGUCUGCCAACUGUAGUUGAUAGGGAUGGAGCAAGCAUAAACACAGAAGGACAAAUAGGGAUCCCGUAUGGUGAAGAUGGCCUGGCACUUCAUGCUAGAGGUCACUUAGGUCAGACAGGAAGGUCUGGCUUGCUGUAUGGUCCAGGUGGAACUCCAGUUGGAGUUAAGGCUACAUCUGGUGCAGGUGGCAGUUCUAUAGGGGAAAUGGAGGCUUUGUAUGGUCCAGAUGGCUGGCCACUUAGACAAGGUGCUGGUGUAGCUGGUGCAGGAGGAGCUGGAUCUCAAUAUGGAAAGGAUGGUCUCCCAGUUGGACCGGGAUUCGGUGAUGCUGGUGUACCUGGUGCAACGGGUGCAGGAGGAGUUGGAUCUCCAUAUGGAAAGGAUGGUCUCCCAGUUGGAGCUGGCAUAGCUGGUGCAGGGGGAGUUGGAUCUCCAUACGGAAAGGAUGGUCUCCCAGUUGGAGCUGGCCUUGGUGGUGCUGGUGUAGCUGGUGCAGGGGGAGUUGGAUCUCCAUAUGGGAAGGAUGGUCUCCCAGCUGGAGCUGGAUUUGGUGGCGCUGGUGUGGGUGGUGCAAAAGGACCUGGGUCUCCCUAUGGAAGGGAUGGUCUCCCAGUUGGAGCUGCCAUAGGUGCUGCUGGUGUAGGUGGUGCAGGGGGAGUUGGGUCACCAUAUGGGAAGGAUGGUCUCCCAGUUGGAGCUGACCUUGGUGUUGCUGGUGUAGGUGGUGCAGGAGGAGUUGGAUCUCCAUAUGGAAAGGAUGGUCUCCCAGUUGGAGCUGGAUUUGGUGGUGCUGGUGUAGGUGGUGCAGGAGGAGUUGGAUCUCCAUAUGGAAAGGAUGGUCUCCCAGUUGGAGCUGGCGUAGCUGGUGCAGGGGGAGUUGGAUCUCCAUAUGGAAAGGAUGGUGUCCCAGUUGGAGCUGGCUUUUAUGCUGCUGGUGUAGGUGGUGCAGGAGGAGUUGGAUCUCCAUAUGGAAAGGAUGGUCUCCCAGUUGGAGCUGGCAUAGCUGGUGCUGGUGUAGGUGGUGCAGGAGGAGUUGGGUCUCCAUAUGGAAAGGAUGGUCUCCCAGUUGGAGCUGGAUUUGGUGGUGCUGGUGUAGGUGGUGCAGGGGGAGUUGGGUCUCCAUAUGGAAAGGAUGGUCUCCCAGUUGGAGCUGGCAUAGGUGCUGUUGGUGUAGGUGGUGCAGGGGGAGUUGGGUCACCAUAUGGGAAGGAUGGUCUCCCAGUUGGAGCUGGCAUAGGUGGUGCAGGUGUAGCUGGUGCAGGAGGAGUUGGGUCUCCAUAUGGAAAGGAUGGUCUCCCAGUUGGAGCAGGCAUAGGUGGUGUAGCUGGUGCAGGGGGACUUGGAUCUCCAUAUGGAAGGGAUGGUCUCCCAGUUGGACCGGGAUUUGGUGGUGCUGGUGUAGCUGGUGCAGGAGGACCUGGGUCUCCCUAUGGAAGGGAUGGUUUCCCCGUUGGAGCUGGCUUUGGUGGUGCUGGUGCAGGUGGUGCAGGGGGAGUUGGAUCUCCAUAUGGGAAGGAUGGUCUCCCCAUUGGAGCUGCCAUAGGUGGUGUUGGUGUACCUGGUGCAGGAGGAGUUGCGUCUUCAUAUGGAAAGGAUGGUCUCCCAGUUGGAGCUGGAUUUGGUGGUGCUGGUGCAACUGGUGCAGGAGGAGUUGGAUCUCCAUAUGGAAAGGAUGGUCUCCCAGUUGGAGCUGGCAUAGGUGGUGCUGGUAUAGCUGGUGCAGGGGGUGUUGGAUCUCCAUAUGGAAAGGAUGGUCUCCCAGUUGGAGCUGGAUUUGGUGGUGCUGGUGUAGCUGGUGCAGGGGGAGUUGGAUCUCCAUAUGGAAAGGAUGGUGUCCCAGUUGGAGCUGGCUUUGAUGCUGCUGGUGUAGGUGGUGCAGGAGGAGUUGGGUCUCCAUAUGGAAAGGAUGGUCUCCCAGCUGGAGCUGGCCUUGGUGGUGCUGGUGUAGGUGGUGCAGGGGGAGCUGGAUCUCCAUAUGGAAAGGAUGGUCUCCCAGUUGGAGCUGGGUUUGGUGGUGCUGGUGUAGGUGGUGCAGGAGGAGUUGGAUCUCCAUAUGGAAAGGAUGGUCUCCCAGUUGGAGCUGGCGUAGCUGGUGCAGGGGGAGUUGGAUCUCCAUAUGGAAAGGAUGGUGUCCCAGUUGGAGCUGGCAUAGCUGGUGCUGGUGUAGGUGGUGCAGGGGGAGCUGGAUCUCCAUAUGGAAAUGAUGGUCUCCCAGUUGGAGCUGGCCUUAGUGGUGCUGGUGUAGCUGGCGCUGGAUUUGGUGGUGCUGGUGCUGCUGGUGCAGGGGGAGUUGGAUCUCCAUAUGGAAAGGAUGGUCUCCCAGCUGGAGCUGGAUUUGGUGGUGCUGGUGUAGGUGGUGCAGGAGGAGUUGGAUCUCCAUAUGGAAAGGAUGGUCUCCCAGUUGGAGCUGGUGUAGCUGGUGCAGGGGGAGUUGGGUCUCCAUAUGGAAAGGAUGGUCUCUCAGUUGGAGCUGGCCUUGGUGGUGCUGGUGUAGGUGGUGCAGGGGGUGUUGGAUCUCCAUAUGGGAAGGAUGGUCUCCCAGCUGGAGCUGGCAUAGCUGGUGUUGGUGUAGGUGGUGCAGGGGGAGUUGGGUCUCCAUAUGGAAAGGAUGGUCUCCCAGUUGGAGCUGGCAUAGCUGGUGCUGGUGUAGGUGGUGCAGGGGGUGUUGGAUCUCCAUAUGGGAAGGAUGGUCUCCCAGUUGGAGCUGGCCUUGGUGCUGCUGGUGCAGGGGGAGUUGGAUCUCCAUAUGGAAAGGAUGGUCUCCCAGUUGGUGCUGGCAUAGCUGGUUCUGGUGCAGGUGGUGCAGGGGGAGUUGGGUCCCCAUAUGGAAAGGAUGGUCUCCCAGUUGAAGCUGGCUUUGGUGGUGCUGUAGCUGGUGGAGGGGUAGUAGGAUCUCCAUAUGGAAAGGCUGGUGUCCCACGUGGGGGUGCGGCAGGCUCUGGUGGUUUUCAUUUGGGAGGUGCAGAAGUAAUGGGGUCUCACCAUGGCAGGGAUUCUGUGCCUAGCAGAGCUGCAGGUUAUGCAGGUGGAGCAGGAAAUGUCUUUUCCUCAGAACUUGGUGGUGUAGGUAGAUCUGCAAUGAGGGAUACUGCGUCUCCCUAUGGCAAGGACAGUGUGUCAGCUGGAGCCAGGGCUGGUGUGGAUGGCAUUGGGAGUUUGAGAGGUGAUGAGAAGGGGUUACGUUCUGGAGGUGGUAAGGAAGAUGUGAUAGGUGCCGAUGGACGAGGGGGUAAAUAUGGGCUGGAUUCACGUCCUGGCAAGUCUUCUACUGGACGUGAAACCGGAAAGGGCACUGCCAGUGAUUUCAGAUCAGGGAGUAAAGGUUCAUCUGAUGACAGAAGUUCACUUUCACGUGAAGGAGCUGCCAGGGGUGGAGGCAGAGAUCUAGGGCAGUUACGGUCCCUUCAUGGCGCUAAAUCUGCCUUUGGAGGGGCAGCGAGUAAAUCCCUUAACAGAUUUGUUGGUGGGAGGAGUUCAGGUAGGUUUGGUCAAGGUUCAUUGGAUUAUGGUCAGAUGUCAGCUCGUUAUGGUGGACUUCCUUCGAUAAACCAGCGGAAAGAGGAACCCAGCCUUGAUUUUAAAACAAAUGAUUUCUUGAAGAACAUAGAAAGUGUGGAAAAAAGGCGACAUUAUUGCCUUGAUGAUCUGAAAGCACCACGCUGUCAUGUCAACAAACAGCUACUGAAUGUCAGAGUCCUGAAAGGGGAACCAGCUGAGCUGUCUUGCACUGUCAGUAAAGAUGGAGUGACAGGAACCUGGUUUAAAGAUGGAUUGAAGUUAACCAGCAUGGAGGGAGUCUGCUUUAAAAAGGAAGGUCUAGUCCACAAACUGGUUAUUGACAAAGUGGAAGAUAUUCACGCUGGGAAGUACAGGUUUGAAAGUGGAGAUAUAAAAACCGAAGCUUCAAUUUUUGUUGAAGAUCCUCCACAGGUUGACAAAGUGCUCCUCAAAAACUUAACGAGUGUUCCUACUGUGGCCAAGGCAGGGCAGAACGUAACCAUCAAGAUCCCUUUUGAGGGCCGGCUGCCAAUCAGAGCAGCUUGGCUGAAGGACAAGAUGGAGCUAGCAGAUGACACAAGGAUCCGUGUUGAUAAAACAGACACCUUUACCAAGCUGUCCAUCUCCAGCUGCGAGAGAAAGGACGCUGGGGAUUACAAAGUCAGGCUGAAGAAUGACAGUGGGGUCCUGGAGAUCAACUUAAAACUUGUGGUAUUUGACAAGCCCCAACCACCUACAGGGCCCAUCAAAAUCGUGGAGAGCUCUGCAAACGACAUCACCAUUCAGUGGAAGCCCCCAAAGGAUGAUGGGGGCAAACCAGUGCAAAACUACAUCAUUGAGAGACAGCAGGUGGGCAAGGACGAGUGGGUGACUUUGGGAGAAAGCCCCAGGAGCUGCACCACCUUCACUACCAACAAAGUGGAGCAAGACAUGAGCUACUACUUCAGGGUGAGAGCUGUGAAUGCCGAGGGCACCAGCGAUGCACUGGAAUCGGAGGAAGUGAAGGCUGUCAGUAAGGCUACACCUGGUGCCCCAGAUCCCCCUGAGGUUGUCAGUGCCAGCAGAGACGCCAUCACAAUAUCCUGGAAAGCACCUCAGAAAAGCGGCAGUUCCCGAAUUGUGGGGUAUCUCGUUCAGAAGCGCAAGAAGGGUACCAUGACCUGGCUGCCAGUCAACAGCGUGCCUAUAGCAGACAAGAAGCUGGAGAUGACCAAUCUCAAGAAAGGUCUGCAGUAUGAGUUCCGCGUGGCAGCUGUCAAUGCUGCAGGCACAGGAGAUGCCAGUGAACCGUCAAAGCCUGUUUUUGCACGGGAUUCCACAAAAUCUCUAGGUCAAGUGCAGGACCUUCACGUGAGCAGCAGUGACAGCUCUAGUAUCACCUUGACAUGGAAGAGACCUGAAACGAAUGAUGGGAGUGAUGUGAAGGGCUAUGAAGUGGAAGUGCGGUCUUCUAACAACCUCAACUGGACCAAAUGCAAUGUUCUUCCCAUAGAGACAACCACUUACACAGUCAAAGGCCUCCAAGCCAAGGAGAUAUACUUCCUGCGUGUGAGAGCCCUCAAUGACAGUGGCCCAGGAGAAGCUGCAGAGCUUGAAGCUCUCCUUGGCCCUGCUCCCCCCGUCGUUCCUCCAAGGUUACUAAUAGAUGACACAGUGAAAAGCUUCCUGGUUAUAAAAGCAGGAAAUACCAUCCGAGUGAAUAUUCCCUUUGAAGGGUCUCCAGACCCAGUGGUGACCUGGUUAAAGGAUGGGCAUCCUCUUCCAAGCCAGGCUACAAUAAAAACCAAAGAUGAUACCACGCAGCUGCUGAUUGGAGCAGCUGAGUUCACUGACAGCGGCACCUACACCGUUGAGCUCCAGAAUGGGUUAGGGAAAAGAGAAACAUUCAGCUUCCAAGUUCAAGUUACAGAUAUCCCGCAAUCGCCUGGACCUAUUCAACUGCAAGAGAAUGUGCCAAACACAGUGACAGUCACCUGGGAGCCAUCAGCAUCCGAAAAAUGGGAGAGAGAUCUCUACUACACAGUCCUGAAACGUGAAUCACAGAAGGGCACAUGGCGUGUGGUGGGCGACCUGAUCUACACCAACAAGUUCACGUUCACCCGCCUGAUCCCAGGCCGGGACUACUACUUCAGAGUUGUGGCAAAAAACAACUUGGGAACCAGUGGUCCAUCUGAAACUUUGCAGCCUUGGCGAAUCCGGAAACCAAAGGCUGAGUUUCACAUCAAACCCCAGAAGUACAAGGGAGUUAAUCAAAACCAGCCCCCAAGGUUCCUUGUCCCGUUGAAGCCUCACGUGGUGACCACCGGCAGCGAGUGCCACAUGAGCUGUGCGGUUGGAGGCCAUCCAGCUCCAAAGAUCAGCUGGUACAAGGACAGUAGAGACCUCUCCACUGAUCCCACCUAUUUUUGCACGAACGACUUUGGAGUCUGCUCCCUGGUCAUCCUGGGUGUCACGAAACAGGAUGAAGGAGAAUAUAUGGUAGAAGCCACCAACGAAUCGGGCCGUGCGUUCAGCAAAGCCUUCCUCACUAUUAAAGACUCCACCCUGUAGCAUGACCUUCCUGAGACCAUCCCUGCACUGCUGUGUAAAUAUGAAGGGUUUUAUUGAGAACUGGUCUACACAAAGGCUAUGUCUUUCUUUGCAGAUGUGUGUUAUAGUCCGAGUGCUUUCGUUUUCAGAUCCAGUAGUUGCAUUUGGAACAUGAUGCUGCACCGUAGCCAAAAUUGGGGGAAAAAGCAUUAAAAGAAUUGUAUCUCUUUGUAAUGAUCAUGGCUUUCCGCUAGACCUUUAAAGCACAGUUAGAAGCUUCAGGAGCACAGAAGAUGAGAGGAAAAAUAAUUGGCCAAAAUGAAACUUUCCAAGGAGAACAAAGGUGGGAGAGAUCAUUCUGCCACCCCACUCACCUGUUGGCAGGCUGCAGCAAGAGUAUUUCUUGACACCAAAGAUCAAUGAAGCCUUUUAGUGCGUGAUUUUCUAAUCCAAAGCAAUCAUAUCAGAUUCCAUGUAAUUCUCAGCAGGUUUCCUAAUUGUGUUCUGUAUUUAUUCCACUGCCAGUAGCAGCCAAAUCUUUUAUUUUCCUUAACCUCUAAGCUGAAACCAGGAUCUGCCUGCUAGUUUUAUCUGGGCUAUAAAGGGAUGCAUCCUCAGAUUGGCCAACAUGGGGUAGUGCUACUCCCAGCAAAAAUUCAUUGAUGGGAAUGAUUGAAAACCUAGAAUCAAUUGUAUUUGUGUGUGCAGAUCAAUGCUGUACUUAGAAGAUCUACUGUAGCAAGUGCUGUAAACCAGGAUGCAUCUGUCCUAAACCAUCACCUUUGAAACAGAACUGCCCCUACCUCAUGUCCUUGCUGGAAUGUUUUUGCCUAAUGCAAAAAGAGGUUCAAAAUCUUCCAUGUUUGACCAGAAAGACAAGGUACCACCAGAGAUCUUCUGCCAUGGCUGGGGAAUUCCACCACUGAGUGGAGGAGGAGACUGGAAAGCACAAAUGUUAUGAGGACUGUACGAACAUACAGCCCUGGAGCCUUAGCACCAAAGGUACUUUGACAGCAUCUAGACAGCAGGAGAGCGUAGAUCAAAGACUCAAAGGCACUGGAUCCUCAGACCCAGUCAAACAUUUAUGUGGGGCUGAAAUGUUCUUUCUGCUGCUAUUUUGUACGAUGUUGUAGACAAAGCAACAGUAGAUUAUGAAAUUAAACCAUAAUUCAGGCAAUUGCA